CCUGGUCCUUGUAUUAUUUCAAUAAUUAUGAGGCUCGUGAAAAUAUAGCAGCUCAUAAAACAUGCUGCACAAUGUCAAAUAAGAACUUGUGUGACAGAUUUUAUAAAAUAUUUCCUGAUAUGGGUUGCAGUAACUUUGUUGUUUUUGUUCCUGGUAAAGAAAUUAAUAUUUUUAGAACAUUAAAUAAGCAUCUAUAUUUUGAAUUUAAUGCAUUUGGUUUUUUUUAGUGGGCCCUAAUUUGAAAAAAGAAUAGAUAACUUUCGAUGUGUAAUUGCUUAUUGCCCGGCACAGAGUUUUUUAUUGCAUAUUUUAUUGAAUAAAAACCUUCUAUGAUAGCUUUAGUAGAAUAGAAUAAAUAUAAGUAUUAGGAUAUUUCAAAUUUAUUUUCUAUUCGUUCUACUUUAAACUUUAAUUUGCAAACAGCUUCAGCUUUUGGUGAUCCUCACAUUACUACACUGGAUGGAGUAACAUAUCCAUUGAAUGUAUGGGGUGAAUACAUCUUGAUGGAAAUAAAGUCCAUGAAUUUUGUGCUUCAGGUUAUUUUCUUCAAAAAACUGUGUGCUGGUUUAUAAUACUACAGAUGUUAAUUUCAUUUGAUCUUUUUUUGCGAUUGUUUGUAGAACUGUUUUAUGUUUAAAGUUUAUGUUUUUAAAGAUAAAAGAAAUGCUCAAGCAAAUUAUUAUUAAAUUAAAAUGUCCUUUUCCAUAUCAGUGUAGAACAAGUAGAAUUGAAAGUAUCAAUGGAACGCUAAGCAACGCUACUGUUUUCACUGCAUUUGCGGCAAAAGAAGGGGACAAUGCUAAAUUUCAAGUUGAACUGGCAAUCAACAAUAUGAGUAAGUUGAACAUUUCUAAAACAACAUUAAUAUUUUAUAGUGUUAAGUGAUAAUCGUUUUUUUAACUUAAUAUUUUAAGAUAUUUUCAGAUAAAUUGUAUUUGCUUAGUUUUUAUUAUGUUUAAAUUUUACUUUUAGGGUGGGGGUAUCAUUUAUUUUAUGCUUUAAAGUAAAUAUCAAUAAUUUCAUAUUUGAAUGAUUCUAAAAAUUAAAUAUGUUGCAAAUAAUUCUUUUAAAAUUUCAUUACAGCACUUGUCAUCUAUGUGAAUGAUAUGGAUAUCACAAAUGAUUUUUACAAGGAUGAAGAGUUUAAAAAAGAACUUGACCAGAUAAGUGUCACAAGGGAAGAUAGUUCUAACAGAACAU